AUGGACCAGUUUCCAUCGUCCGAGAGAACCAUGGUCUCCAUCGGCACCCAUCGCCUCUACCUCUCCAUAAGCGGCCCACCCCGCUGCGACCCGCCAGAUCCUAUCGUAGUGUUCAUCGCUGGCGCAGGCGACGUCGCAUCAUCGUACUGCGCCGUUCAACGGCUCGUCGCGCCCUUCUCCCCGCUCGUUCUUUACGACCGCUCCGGCCUCGGUCGCAGCGAAAGUAAUCCAAACGCAUCCAGCCCAACGGCCACGUCAGCAGCCACGGAGCUACACACCUUACUCAGCACCGCAAACAUCCCUCCACCACUUAUCCUGGCCGCUCACUCCUAUGGCGGGAUCAUCGCCCGGGAAUAUCUCCAUCUCUACUCUAGCGAUGUCGCAGGAAUGGUUCUCAUGGAUGCCUCAACCGAACGAAACAACGAGCUAUUCCAGAACCCAGAUUUAGACCUUACUGCGAUGGUGGGGAACUUGAAGUUUGCCGAGGUCACGGGACUGCGUGCUGCCGCUCAGCUGUCGCGAGAGGAAUGGAGGGUGAGAGCGAUGGACAUUUCGCGGGGAAUGGCUACUUCUCAGGCUGAAGCGAUGGCGCGGGAGAAUGUUUGCCGUGCGCUUGCUGAAAAAGCGCAGCUCAAGAAGCAGGCGCUGGGUGAUCGGCCUUUGAGCGUGAUUCGGUGUAAUGGGUUGAUGGACUACUGGAGACUCUAUGAGAAGGCUGUCGAGGCUGGUAAUGGGACGGAGGCUCAGCGAGCGGCGUUCCGUGAGCUGCUUGAGAAAUGGGAUGGGAUGGGUCGUGAGAUGCAGGAAGAGCAGUUGAAACUGUCUAGACGGAGUCGGAUUGUUCAUUUGCCGGACUGUGGGCAUAAUGUGCAUUUGAUUCGACCGGAUGUUAUUUCAGAGGAGAUUCGAUGGGUAAGAGAGCAGAUCUUGGGUCCGAAGAUAGACUCUACUCUUUGA